CCUCACAAAACUGCCCAAUCAUCCAUCUCUCACAAUCCAAAACCGGUUUUCUUUUUCUUCUCUUUUCUUUUCCUUUUUCGUUUUUGAACAUGAAAAUGCUAGGAAUCCAGGAAACGGAAACUUCUCCCCAUGAAAAGAAAAUGGUGAUCAACGCGAAAGAUCGCACCUUUAUGCUACUCCACUCCCCACAGAUCAUUGGAUUCAGACUGAGGACGCCGAGGUUGCUUGUUAAGGUUGUCAAUGGAAGAAAGCGGCGGCGGCGCAGCCGCCACGGUUCCAAUGAUGCAGCGGAGAGGAAGAAAUCAUGGUCGGAAUCCGGUGGGAAUCUUCUUGUGCCUGUGAAGACUGGGUCGGUUUUCUGCAGCACGUUUUUCAGCAGAAACCAGGCGGCAGAUGAAGAAAAACUGGGAAAGUCAAAGUCAAUCAAGAACAUCCUGGAGUUCAAAGGAGAAAACAGAACAAAAGCAGAUAUUCAAUGCAGAGAGAGUUUAGAAAAGUCAAAUAAGUCAACCCAUUACUUGUUCCUCUCAAGAACAGGGAAGAAUGGUGGUGGGUCAUCAGCAAAAGAACCCAUCUUCUGCUUCAGAUUCUCUGGGCUGCUCGGAUGGAAGAAGAGGCUAAGGUUUAGCUUCAGGAAGUGGAGGAUUACUGGAGGAAUUGGAACAAGUUGUAUGGGUAUGGCAGGAUUGGCAGCCCAAAGAAGAAACAGAGGCUAUUACACACAGAUUCAGAGCAUCAGAAGUCCAGAGGAGGCAGAUGAAGAAGAAGAAAAGGAAGAAGGGAUUGAACUUUGCAAGAAGAGAAUCCUUAUGGGAGACAGGUGUAAGCCUCUCAGCAUCUCUGGAAGGCUUAACUAUGAUCAAAAUGGCGUUUUGUUGCCAGAAUUGCUUCCAUAUGAUUGACAAACCAGAGUAGUUUUCUUUUCCAGAAUUGCACAAACAUUAAAUUCUUCAGAUGAUCUCCCAUCAUCAAAGCUGCAGAUACAGUAGCAUGUGUUGGUUUUGGUAAUGUCAUUGUUGAUAUUUUUUUCAUGAAAUGGCCAAACAAACUUCCAAUGACUUUCAA